UUUAACAGUUAGUGCAAACAGACCAAAACCAAACGAACCUGUUUCAGCAUUGCACAUUGCUAGCAGAGGUUAUAACAAGCGAUACAGGAACGAUGCACUCUUACAAAAGCAAAGUAAAGAAAAACGUUUGGGAACAGCAACACGGAAUCAAACCUUACCCCAACAGCGUUGUACUCAAUAUACCGAUGGAAAUCGCUGUACAUCAAAGAUUGUUCCUUUGGCAAAAUUUUGUUUGAAACGUAUCCUAAUCAGUUUUAGUGAUAUGUAUAUGAUUUUAGGUAGCAAAUAUAGUUAUAACGAGAGGGUUUGGCCUGCGUUAAACGUUGCGCCCAAGCAUGCAUUUUGCUUUAUUGUUCGAAAUUUUGAGCAGCAAACAGGGUCGCCGAGAGGUUUCCCGGGGCCAAACCUUCCUAUGACGUCAUUAAACUUUUCAGGAAGCUCUUUGACGUCAUAAACGGGAUCGAGACGCGGUGUAUUUUCGCUUUAUUACAUAUUAUCCGGCACUGACGCAGCUAGGAUUUAUAUUCUCGGGCAAUGAAGCUUGUAUCAAGAAAUUUUGAAGGCUAAGUGCUUCGUUGCUUUGGGGCCCCUGUUUGAGUUUGUAACUAAUGUCGACCAGAAGUACUUGAUACAUGAUGGUGAGAAAUAUAAACUAUUUUUAAUUAACCUUUUAUUAUUGAGGCCGAUAAUUAGAAGGGAAAUAGCGAAGCGACGCCUUAAUAGUUAUUGUGUGUUUAUAUAAACACCUAGCCUGCGUGUUGAUGGUGAACGAUUACAAGACAAAUUUUGGUGAAAUUGACGCAUGUGCCGACGUUUUUCUGCGGUGUUUAUCGCACUCUAGUUGUUAUGUUCACUUUUUUUGGCGUCUCUUUUUGGCAGAUGUAAAGGUCAUGAAUACAGUAUCUGUCUAUGGUCAUCUGCAUGCAGUCUUUAAAGCAAUUGGAAUUAGUUUUGUUUGUGGAAACACCACGUAAAUUUAUUACUGCAAAGCUUUCAUAUAUUAUUAGCACUGAUGAAGAUCCGGGCUUACGGAUCGAAAGCUUUGCAUGCAGUAAUAAAUUUACGUGGUGUUUCCACAACAACUAUUAUAUGUUUUAUCGCCAUGCAAACGUACAAAGAACUUAUUAAUUGGAAUUAGAUUUCUUUGCCAUGCAGAUGAUGAUUCCAUUUAAUACAAAAUAUGUCUAAUUUCGAAGAAAGUGUGCAUUGCACAUCAUUUAAUCGAGAUGAACAGUUCAAAUAAAUUUUGCAUGAUGGAAAGUUUUUUUGGAAAAUCUUCCGUUUAUCCCCAUACCUUCAGUUUACCCAUGUGCAAACAUUUAAGAUUCUUAACACUUGACAAGAUAUUUGUCACGACCCAAACCAGCAGUUAUUUUUACCAUGUUCACAAAUGAUUGGUGCAGAUCAAAGUUGUGGUGUGUCUAUCCCAAAUGUUUCAAACCAUGAAAAAUGUUUACUUCACCUGCCUCACAGUAAUGAUGUAUCCGUUGGUGAUUUGGAACAAGAACUUGAACACGCCCAACAACGUCAAAUGUAAGUGAGAAAUACGCUUAUACUUAUUCAGGGUUUUUUUCAGGGAUUUUUUAGGGCCGUUAAACGGCCCCCAAAACUCAAUCUUGAAUUGAGUAUUAAAACUCAAUCUUCUCACCAAAGUUUCAUUGCACUAAAAAUGAAGUUGUUUGAGUUAAAUUCGUGACAUUUGGAAAUUAGUUUUCAGUUGGAAACCCGACAAUUAAGAAAAAAUGGCUGGAAUUCAUCUCACAACACAAGAAAAACUAUGCAUUCGCCAUCUUUAACCAGUUUAUAGUGUCCCUCAGUGCCCCUGCUUUAACACAUUCCGUCUCAACUGCAUUUAUUGAGUACAAGUGUCAGUCCCCCUCUACAAAAACGGACCCAAGAGAAAAUCCUGAAAAAACCCUGUCAUUUGUCAUGUUCACAUGCAGAUACGAGAUUUAUUUGUCAUGUUCAUGUCUGCACCGAGAUACGGAAAUUACUUGUAGGCUUUCAACCAAUAAGAAUACGAGGAAAUAGUACCAUUAAUGAUAAUAUUAGUUGUAUAACCUAUUGGAUUCUUCUGUGCUCACUAUGGCAAAAUGUUCAGUCAAAAUAUUCACUUCUGUUUUGACAUACCUGAAAUACCUGAUGCCGUGUGGUCUUUCAGUUUACUCUUUUUAUGACGAGGGAAAAAUAGUCGAAGCAUGCGCGCAUCUCCUGUAUAGUUUUGCAGAAAAACGGACCGUCACCUCGAAACUUGCCGCAUUUUGGUGGCAAAAACAUUCAAAUUCUCAGCAAAAGUACGGGCUUCUAUGUAAACUACGACGUACCAAUUUCUACUGUUAACAUUUCUUGACAAAAGCCUUUCUAUUGUAAUAAUACAGAAUCGAAAAGCAUUUUUGCUUGUUUUUAUUAUUAAGAAGGCUAAACAAGCCGGCAUAAACUCGAACAUGCAAUAGUCAAAAUAUGUGGUGGAGACCUCACCACCAUCACAUGCACAUAUAUUUGGGGCAUAAUAUAGCCGUUUCAACGCCCUUGUUCUACCGCACCCCAUGAUGUCCAUUACUUCCGCGUACGUUUUAUAGCCUUUUCUAGUUCAUCUAUUGAUUGUUACCUGCUGGGUUAUAUACACUGUACUUAUUCAAAUAUCCCAGCUCAAUAUUUUACGUCGAAUUUGUUUCAAUAUUUGACUCUUUAAUAGCAGGAAUUGACCUCUUAUUUUUUCAAAAAAAUUGUAUUGUGGUUCAUUAUAUACUUGUGGUUGAAGUAAGAAGUAGUGCCAUUAAGUUUCUGUUUCGACGAAUAUAAAUAUUCUGAGGUAACUGCAAUAUAAGAUACAGUAAACUUUAAGUGUAACAUUUUUCAUGCAGUUCCGCUGUUUCUUUCCAGAAUUAAGGAAAAAGAGAGAGAAGACAAACGAAAAGCUGCAUUAGCUCAGGCUGCGCACGAAGCUAGGCUAUCAGAAAUCGCUAAGGCCGAAGCUGUUGCUGCCCAAAAGGCGCAGAAACCUGCAGAAGAUCUAAAAGUCUCAGCCGCACCACAAGCAACACCAAAGAAACAACAAGACUCGAGCACUGCACUUAAUGCCCAACAGAAAGAGACACCAACAGCGACUGACCUUCCUCUUAAGCUUUCUGGUUCCCCAACAACCAACCUUCAGAUAAAAAUACAACCUGAAAAACAACCAGAGAUUGUGUCCAAAACUUUACCUCCAACUGUUGGAAAUCCGGCGACCUCGUCUACCAGUACAACAGAUACUGCUCUGGAAACAACUAGCCGAUCGCAUAGUGCCAAUUCUUUAUCUAUCCCUUCCAAAAUACAGGUCAAACCUGCCAAUACCGUUGCAUCGCAUGUACCUGUCAAGCCGUCUACUUCAGCUAAAAUCAAUACAACUGACCCAAUAGUUGGCUCGAAGCAAACACAUUCUUUGGGUAAUAAUCGUAGUGCUACUCAAGAAAUUACUUCUGUUCUACCUACUAGUAAACUAACAAUUUCUACUGAUACUUCUGAUAAAGGUUCCUCACUUCGCAACAAUGUCCCUGCAAAACAAGAUGUUCCAAAAGCUACUAUUGAGUCUAAGGAGACCAAUACUUCUGAGAUGAACGUGAGCAUAUAACAGAUUCCUCAAACCUUUUGAAAUAACACAAUCAGUAUUUCAGGGAUGGAUUAAUAUUCCAGUCAAAAAUUAAUAGUAUAGAAGCAUGCAAAGUUGGCAAACUGAACAAAUUAUUUCAUUUUAUCUUACAAUACUGUAGUAAAGAAAAGAGAAUACUUCUUAAAUCGUUUCAGUUGUGUUCUAUUUAACAAAUAUAAACAUUUUCCGUGUUGAUAUAGUUAUAUCAACACGACUGGAAAUUGGGAAAACGAGAAAUUGUGUGGAAA